AUGAGGACAAAUGUUAUUGAAUUAUUUGAGGAUGCGAAACGUAGAGAUACCUAUUUGAAAAUAUGUGCUCCUAUGGUUAGAUACAGUAAAGUUCAAUUUAGGACAUUAGUCAAAAAUUACGGGGUCGACUUGUGCUUUACACCCAUGAUAUUAGCUGAUUCAUUUUGCCAGAACGAGAAAGCCAGGUCAAAUGAAUUCAUAACGACUACAAAUGAUACUCCUUUAAUUGUGCAGUUUGCCGCUAAUAAUGUGGAUGAUUUUUUAGAUGCAUCUCAAUUAGUUUACCCAUAUGCUGAUGGUGUUGACUUAAAUUGUGGUUGUCCGCAGAGAUGGGCCAUGAAGGACGGCUAUGGAUGUGCUUUGCUAUCUAAACCAGAGUUAGUUCAUGACUUAUUAAGAAGUGUGAGAAAUAAUUUGCCAAGCCAUUUCAGUGUGUCGGUCAAAGUAAGAAUAUUUCAGGAUUUAAAAAAAACGAUCACCAUGUGUCAGCAGUUGGAGCAGUGUGGUGUUAAUUUCAUGACAGUACACGGAAGGACUCCACUACAGAAAAGUGGAGAUAAUAUUGAUGUUGAAAUGUUGAAGGAGAUUUGUGAUUUGGUUAAAAUACCAGUUGUUGCGAAUGGUGGUAUAAAAUCAUUAUAUGAUGCAGAACAGUUAUACAACACAUUGAAUUGUGAUGGAAUUAUGGUAGCUGACGGUAUUCUAAAUAAUCCAGCAUUAUUUACAGGGGCCAAUAAAACCCCUCUGUACUGUGUGAAACAUUGGAUGAACUUAAAAGACUUGAGCGGUGACAAGAUAACAUUCCAAUGUUACCAUCAUCAUUUAGUUUUUAUGCUCGGAAAAAUACUCGCAAAGAAACAGAAGCAAGAAUUUAACAAUCUCAGUGACUUUGAUGAGGUUGAUGCCUACAUAAAAAAAUAUGUUUUAGAUUCAUUUGAUGGAGAUGUAGAAGUUAUUCAUGAAUUAGAAAAUUUUGUUGAUUGUGAAUUUAAUAGUAAAAUUACAUCUAAACAUGCUCAUAAAUGUAGGGGAUGCGGCAAAAGCAUUUGUUACUGUAUAUGUAUGCAAUAUAAUUAUGAUUCUAAUAAGGGAAAUUACUUUAAAUCAUUUGUAACUAAUAAUGAUGGUAUUGAUUUUAUGGACAGUAAUAUGUUUGAUGAAUGUAACUUAUAG